UGUGCCUCCACCCCCUCACCUGCUGAGCUUUAUAACUUUCAGGCUGGACAUCCUGACAGGCCAAAACUGUUGGGCUUCCCACUCAGCAGGGUCCCUGCAGAGACACCAUGGAUACCCAGCACCAUUGUCUCCUGCUCUUCACUUGCCUGCUGACCCUGGCAGCAUCACUUCCUACCUUGGAUAUAAGAAACCUGUAUCUCCUCAAUGGCACCCUGGAUGAUGUUAUAAAUGCUCCCCCAGAGUCCUCCCAGCCUGAUGACGACGGCACACACGUGCGGCAGGUCAGGGACAUCGGCCCCCACGCGCCGGCAGCUCACGGCUGGCCCAAGGACUGCAGCGAGAUGCCGGCCGGCAGCCGCAGCGGCGUCUACAUCAUCCAGCCCAAGGGGCUGCACCAGCUCGUGGUGUUCUGCGAGAUGAACGUGACCCACGGCGGCUGGACCGUCAUCCAGAGGAACCAGAAGGACACCCCGGUCACCUGGGCGGAGGCCUGGAGCACCUACAAGUACGGCUUCGGCAGCGUGCGCGGCGAGUACUGGCUGGGCACCGAGUACAUCCAUCAGAUCGCCAAGCAGAAGGUCUACCAGGUGAGGUUCGUCAUCCAGGACUCGGCGGGAGCCACCAGCUUCGCGGACUACAACCUGUUCAGCGUGGAGGACGAGGAACACGGGUACCGGCUGCGGCUGGGCGCCUACGCGGGCACGGCGGGCGACGCCAUGACCUCGGACAACCCCAGCACCAUGCACGACAACAUGAAGUUCUCCACCAAGGACCGGGACCAAGACACCUACAGUAAGAACUGUGCCUACAGCUACGAGGGCGGCUGGUGGUACUCCGCCUGUUACUCGGUGCGGCUGAAUUUCAAGGGGGGUCUGUCGUGGGGCAGCCUGUGCAAAGGGAACUGCCAGUCCUCCCUCGUCCUCAUCAAACCAGCUCACUACUGCUAGUGCCUCUUCUCCCCUUUCCUGUCCACGCUGGACACUGCACAGGCUCUGCACGGGCAGAGAGCCUGAGCCUUGCCAAAGCAGGGAGAGGAGCCCAAGGGCAGGAGGGUGUUAGCGAAAUGCCACUUCCCAGUUCCCCUCUCUGAGUGCAGGCUGCCUCUGUGCUCAGCUCUUUCCCCACUCUGCUUGCCAAUGAUUCCUUGUUAUCGUGUUCAUAAUCAAGAAUAAAAAACCCAGGUCGCUCUGUGGGGUUUGUGGGUUCCUCGUGUGCCCUCCCUGGGGCAGGAGGACACAGCCCUGGAGUGACUCUUCAUCAGUUUCCCAGCUGCCUCCAGAGCUCACAACAAGCAAAACCGCUACAUGCCACCAAUUCCCAUGUGCUCUGUGCCCCUCUCUGCAGUGCCUGGCAAAGCAGCCCAAUAAAUUUGCUUCCUUGA